CCGCAAUCUCGCGACAUGAGACUUGUGACGUCGGGAUUAGCUGUCGGGCAGGAAGCGAGGAUCUUGAUAUUAACGGGGUUGCGGGACGAUUAACCAGCGAUCUGGGGUUUGCGGGCUUUGUUAGGAAAACCGGAACUGUCCCGCGAAAAGCGGGACUAUUAGACGGGCAUGCCAGACAUGGUUAUAUAUCCUUACAUCUUGGUAGCUGGAAACAAAGCUAUGUCAGGAUAACCUUUGCAGAUUUAGGGAGGACAAUUGCGUAAGUCAUGCAGUCUUCAGGCCACAGAUUCCGUGAUGUAGAGCACCACCCUCUUCUCAAUGAAAGUGACGGAUAUGACUCCACCCCUUCCGAGGGUGAGCUCGCUGACAAAGCUUGGUUUAUACGGGAUGGAUGUGGCAUGGUCUGUGCUGUGAUCACCUGGCUACUAGUCGUCUAUGCAGACUUUGUGGUGACUUUUGUUAUGCUGCUGCCUUCAAAAGACUUCUGGUAUUCUGUCAUCAAUGGAACACUUUUUAACUGCUUGGCUGUACUUGCUUUGACAUCUCACCUGAGGACAAUGCUAACGGACCCGGGGGCUGUUCCCAAGGGUAAUGCCACUAAAGAAUACAUGGAAAGUUUGCAGUUGAAACCAGGAGAAGUAAUAUAUAAAUGUCCAAAAUGUUGCAGUAUCAAACCAGAACGUGCCCACCACUGCAGCAUUUGCAAGAGAUGUAUACGUAAGAUGGAUCACCAUUGUCCGUGGGUGAACAACUGCGUGGGAGAAAAGAAUCAGAGGUUUUUCGUGCUUUUUACAAUGUAUAUAGCUCUGAUCUCAACGUAUGCCCUAAUUUUGUGUGGGUUGCAGCUUUUCACUUGUGUCAAAGGACAAUGGACAGCAUGCAGCAGCUUCUCUCCCCCCGUUACUGUAAUCCUGAUGAUCUUCCUGUGUCUUGAGGGACUUCUUUUUCUUACAUUUACAGCAGUUAUGUUUGGUACUCAGAUCCAUUCAAUUUGCAACGAUGAAACGGAAAUUGAACGUCUUAAAAGUGAGAAGCCAACAUGGGAGAGGAGGUUGCGGUGGGAUGGCAUGAGGUCGGUUUUUGGGGGGCAGCCAUCUUUCCUGUGGAUUAAUCCUUUCGCAGGUUUGCAAGUCAGACGCUUCCUGAGAGCAAGGAAAGGGGGUACAGAGUUCUCAGUCUGAACUGUCUUCUUGUUCCACUGGAAUUAUCCCAACUUUAUUUAUUUUAUGUAAGGAAAAUCACUCCUGCUAUCAACAGGGUCACAGCUAAAGAGAUGAAAAAAAAUUGGAAGUAUUUCCUUCCGCAAAGAUUUUUUUUUAGCAGUAUAUUUAACAUGGCCUGCAUGAACAAGGAAUUAAAAUGAAGUCUGUUCUAAAUCUAAUGUAUAAUUAUACAGGGUUUUGUUUUUUUUUGCAAAAGUCAACCUCAACAAUUUUUUUUUUUUUAAUCAAGACAUUUUAUUCAUCAUUUUUUUUUUCUUGCUUUAAAUUUGGAUGACAAGCUCAAUGACUUGUGUGAAUCAUGAAUUUACGUUUCAAUGCUGUAUAGCGGAACUUUGUUUUUCCACUUUUCUCUACUGUAUUAUUAGAAGAUCUGAUUUUCUUGAUGCUGGACAAAGAUAAAAACCUUGAACACCCCAACUGUGCAAUAUAAGUCUGUAAGCGUCGGCAUGCAGAUAGCAGAGGUCGGCUGUGGAGUGAGCAUGCAGGUUUCAAAAUGGCAGUAAUAAGGCAUUUCCUCAUUGUAUCCAUAACGUCUCUACGCUGCCUAUAGAUAGCUUUUUCUAUUAACAUCGUUUAUUUCAACCACUUUUUAGUUUCCAUCUGUGCACUCCUUGUUUAUUUAUAUUCUGCAGUUGAUGUCUAUGCCAUUCUUGGCAUUUAAUCAUCAUGCGUGUCUUUUAAAUUCCAGAAUAAGUAUACGAGUCUUCCUAAAACAUGGGAUCUCAUAUGAACUAUAGAAAAGGAGUGUGAAACUAUAUGUGAACCAAAGCUAAAUCCAUUCUACACCGUUCCUAUACAAGGAAUAGAAAUGCAUUUCCAUGGUUGACUGCCAUUGUCUCAUUUACCGUUCCUUUCACUUAUAGUGAGAGAAUUGCUUGUUAAUGGAUAAUUCUUGUCUGAUGAAAAUGUCUGCAAUGGGAAAUUGUUUGAUUGGUGCUGGUCUUUGUUUUUAAUGUAUAGCAUACAUGUAUGUUUUAGCCAGAAGCAGCCAUUGCAACGCUUUUCAGCAUGUAUGUUUCCAUUUAAGUUGUGGCACUCACCUUUGCUGAUUGCAUUCCAUUGGUUUGUGUCUGAUUUAUUGCUUGUGUACAAUAUUCAUGUCACAUGGGAGUGAAAGUUGCCAUUCAUUAAAGUAUGAUAUUGUAAAAAAAAAAGGGGGGUAUGGGGUCCUCUCAUGCACUGACGUCUGAAAUAAAGUAUUCAGAUUCUUACAGUACAAACACUACGCUGCAUAGACUAAGACUUAGACUAAGAGUACUCCGAUGUUAACAGCUGAGGUUAUUCCAUUAGAGUAUGUUUAAGAUUGUAAUCUUUAAUAACAGACCCCUUCUGUUGUUUCCCUAAAAUGAUAGAACAAUUGAAAGAUGCUGUCAUACUGAAAACUAUUACCCAUAAACAAGGCUAACCUAGCCAAGGAUUUUGAUGUUAUUUAUUUAAUUUAUUGCUGGCUGACCUAUCAGUUGCUUGCGUGCACUGAAAAUAUAUUCUCUGUUUCAUAGCGAUGUGUAGAUUUGGAACAGAAGAGCAUUCUACAAGGAUUAUUGCAUGUGUGCUGUAGAAUCUUUAACCCUUUAUAUGACGGGGCCCAUCUAACCACAUGAGGUUUACUGUGAAUCAAAAUGGAACUGAUGAAUGUACGUUAUCACUGGGUUGCCGGUGUUGUAGUUGCGGUGACACAUAAAUGCUUAAAAAAAAGUCAUUUUAGCAGGACAGAUUUACUAAAGGUUGAAUCUUUUACUUGUUCAAGUGGAGUUUUUUCCCCUUUAAUGCAUUUUCCCCUUUAAUCACUUUAAUGCAUUUUAAAAGGAAAAAUACCAGUGUAAGGCCAAUAGGUUCUUUGUCACACCAGUAGUAUGUGGGGUCUGGGUACACAUGCCCCAGACCUAUAGCAAAAGGUGGAGGUAUUCAACCAAAACAGAAGAAGUAAAUUAAUACAUAGCCUUACGCGUUUCGUGGCACUCAUUCAUAGGUAAUUAUUUUAAACCCAUAUAUGAAAAGUCAAGCUCCAUGCAAACUGUUUUUUUGUUUUGUUUUUUUAACAAAAACGCAUGCUUUUGCAACUUUUUCUCAAAGUGUUCAGCAGCUCAGAGGAGAGACCACGGGUGAUAGGAAAGCAUUGCAACAGAAUAUUUGUAUUAGGUU